CAUGCCCGCGGCGCACGCGGAGUACGUGGCGCCCUGGUGGGUGCUGUGGCUGCACCGCGUCCCGCGCCUGGACCUGCGCCUGCAGCCGGUGGACGGCGCGUUCCGGCCCCGCGAUGAGAGUUACCAGGAGUCGCUGCUGUUCCUCGCCCUGGUGGUCGCAGUGGGUCUGGGCUUGAACCUCAUCUUCCUGGCUACCUACCUCAUCUGCCAGAGUUGCCGCCGGCCCGGCCGGACGCUGACGACCAAACGACAUGAGUCCUGCAGUGUCACCUGGACGGCCGUGGUGGCCGGGUUGGGGUGCUGCGCUGCGGUGGGCGUCGGUUUCUAUGGCAACAGCGAGACCAAUGAUGGGGUGUCCCAGAUGACCCACUCCCUGGAGAGCGCGAACCACACCUUUUCCGGCAUCGAUGAUCUGGUGUUUGGCACCACCCGGAAGCUGCAGGUGGAUCUGGAGCAGCACCUGGCACGGCUCAGUGAGCUGUUGGCAUCGCGGCGAGACUAUGUGCAGACACUGCAGUACCUGCAGCAGAUGGCUGGUGGCAUCGAGGACCAGCUGUCGGCCCUCCCCGUGUGGAGGGAGGUCACUGAUGUGCUCACCGAGGUCACCAACCAGACUGACUACGUCGAGUAUUACAGGUGGCUCUCCUACCUGCUGCUCUUCAUGCUGGACCUCUCCAUUUGCCUCCUGGCCUGCCUGGGCCUAGCCAAGCGCUCCCGGUGUCUCCUGGUCUUGAUGCUGGGUUCCGGGGUGCUGGCCUUGAUUCUCUGCUGGACCUCACUGGCUGCGGACACAGCUGCGGCAGUGGCCACCAGUGACUUAUGCGCUGCUCCUGACACCUUCAUCCUGAACAUCACCGAAGGCCACCUCAGUACAGAGGUGACCCGCUAUUACCUGUACUGCCAGCCAAGCUCCAUCAGCCCCUUCCAGCAGACUCUGACCGUCUUCCAGCGCUCCCUGAGCACCAUGGAACUCCAAGUGUCUGGCUUGCUCAAAUUUGCUGUCCCCUUCUUUCCUACAGCCAAGGAUGACCUGCUGGACAUCCAGCUCCUGUUGAACUCCACUGAGUCCAGCCUCCACCAGCUGACAGCCUUGCUGGAUUGCCGAGGAUUGCACAAGGACUACGAGGAUGCGUUGGUGGGCUUGUGCUAUGAUGGCAUCGAAGGGCUGCUCUUCCUUGGCCUCUUCUCCAUCCUGGCCAUGCUGGCUUUCUCUACCAUGAUCUGCACCGGACCGAGAGCCUGGGCCAUCUUCUCCUCUAAGUGGCCUUCCUCCAGGUGGGCCAGCUUCUCCUCCAGGGACCGAGACUAUGACGACAUCGAUGAAGACGACCCCUUCAACCCACAGGCCCGGCGUGUGGCUGCCCACCACGCCCCUCGGGGACCCCUGCACAGUUUCUGCAGCUACAGCAGCGGCCUGGGGAGCCAGACCAGCCUGCAUCCCCCCACCCAGACCAUAUCCAAUGCACCCGUGUCUGAAUACAUGAACCAGGCGGCGCUGUUUGGAGGGACCCCACGCUACGAGAACGUUCCACUCAUCGGCCGGGGCUCGCCCCCUCCCACGUACUCCCCGAGCAUGCGUGCCACAUACCUUUCCGUGGCUGACGAGCAGCAGCUGAGACACUACGGGAGGGACUUUCCAGCCUAGUCACAGUUGGGGGUCCUGCCUCUGUGCCCCCCCCCCCCCGCGGGGCUCUGGCCACUGCCCUUCCAAGAACAUUUCUUCACUAGAAGUCAAGCACAUCCUGGCCUCCAUGCAGACCACCGGGAUUGAAGACACCAAGAGGCUGACUGGGGUUCUGGGGAGAGGGGCAGCCUGAGUCCCCAACGAAGCUCCCUGCAAACACAAGCUCCAGUGGGACCGUCUCCUCCCAUCCACCUCACCAUGCACUGACACCCCCUCUCCUCCCAAGAAUGGACAGUCUCCCCUGACCCCCCAGAGAAUGUGCUGGAAAAUCUUAACAGGAGGCUGCAAGUUCCUGCUGGGGACCAUGCCACUGUGACUCACCCUCCCCUCCUGCCACAUCCAGUCUCUGUCCCCCUCCACCCCUGUACAGAACGGUGUCUUGAGUGGCCAGGCCAGUCUCAGGUAUUAACAGACACUUUGAGUGCCCUUUGAACUCUAAUUUUUUUCCCCUCCUCUCCCAGUGAUUUAUUUUUUUUUUAAUGUUUGGAUUAUCCAAAGAACUGUAUCUGUCAGCACAUCCAGUUUUGAAACCCAGCUUGGCUUUAUGUCUUAUGCUGGGAACAACAGACCCUUAACUAUGGAUGGCCCAGGUUGGGGGAAGGAAUGGAAGGGAGAGAUGAGAGUCUCUGACACUGGCUUCUAGAGGACCAGGAGCAAAGAAGGAUCAAGAAAGACCAACUGAAGGGCCUGAACAGCAGGGAGGACAUUUGCCUUGCAGGUAACUAAUCUGGGUUCAAUCCUCGGCAUCCCAUAGGGUCCCCUGAGCACUGCCAGGUGUGAUUUCUGGGUGCAGAGCUGGGAGUAAACCCUGAGAACUGCCCUGUCUGGCCCCCAAAAUAGGAAAUGAAAGCAAGACAGAGAUUCCCCCUGGGGAGCUAAGUCGUAUGCCCUGGCCAGCCCUGUCUCCUGUGUCUCCAAGCAAACAAGUCUUCAAAUUGGUUGGCACACUAGCAUGGCUGGGUCUCCUCAGGCAUAGUAUGUCUGCCUUCUGUUCCUCUCAUCUCCCUGCCCUCCCAAAAUACAUUACACCCUGCUGGGAUGGAGCUGGGUGGUUGGAGGAGAUGAGGGACCUACCAGGGUUUGGGUCUUGGUGCUUCUAAUCUUCCACCAACUUAGAACCAGACUCCAAUGGGGCUCGGACUAGGGGGUGCUUGGGACCCCUUUUUGCAACCCCUCAGGUCUCCACGGUAGGCAGGGCAUCGUGCUGCUGAGGUCAGGUUUUGCUGUGACACUGAGUCCUGGGCCACACACUAUGUCUGACAUGUGAAAUACACUAACGUAUCGGGGUUCAGCCUCUCUUGGGGAAAGAAAUAAACCUCUUGUACUAAUAA